CCCAUCAUGGCGUCUCCCAGCGGCUGCCGGCCGCAGGGCGCCGGGGCCGGGGCCGGGGCCGGGCCGGGGGCUCUGCGGGGCACCGAAGAGGACGCCGAAGGGCUGUACGUGGCGGUGGAGCGGUGCCCGCUUUGUAACACCACCCGCCGCCGCCUCACCUGCGCCAAGUGCGUCCGGAGCGGCGACUUCGUCUUCUUCGACGGUCGCGACUCCGAAAGGUUUUCAGACAAGAAAGAAAGGCUGAUGCAUCUUAAAACCAAACAGAGAGAAUUCCAGAAACAUGUUUUGAAGGCCAUGGAAGGGAAGGAGAUAACUGAUCAGCUGAGAUGGAAAAUAAUGUCUUGCAAGAUGAGGAUUGAGCAGCUGAAACAGACCAUUUGCAAAGAAAAUGAUGAAAUGACAAGAUAUGCCGAGGGGCUUCUGAGAAUUAAAGAGGAGAACCAGAAGCAUUAUCGCAGGGCUCAGCGGCAUCAGGAGAAGAAAGAGAAGAUCCAGAGGCAUAACCGCAAGCUGGGAGACUUGGUGGAGAAAAAAACCUAUGACUUGAAAACCCAGUAUGAGCAUCUGGCAAAUCUUCGUCGGACGCAUAUCCUGGAGCUAACAUCAGUCAUAUUUCCCAUUGAAGAAGUAAAGACAAGCAUGAGAGAUCCUGCAGAUGUGUCUUCUGAGAGUGACAAUGCUAUGACCUCUAGCACUGUGAGCAAGCUCGCGGAAGCCAGGAGAACCACGUAUCUCUCUGGGAGAUGGGUGUGUGAUGAUCAUAACGGGGACACCAGCAUCAGCAUCACAGGGCCUUGGAUAACCCUUCCUAAUAACGGAGACUAUUCGGCGUAUUACAACUGGGUGGAAGAGAAGAAGACUACACAAGGACCAGAUAUGGAACAUAAUAACCCUGCUUAUACCAUCAGUGCUGCAUUGUGCUAUGCAACCCAGCUUGUUAACACUUUGUCUCUCAUACUUGAUGUAAACCUGCCCAAGAAGCUCUGCAACAGCGAGUUCUGUGGAGAGAAUCUCAGCAGACACAGGUUCACACGGGCAGUGAAGAAGCUGAAUGCUAAUAUCCUUCACCUUUGCUUCUCUCAGCAUGUAAAUUUAGAUCUGUUGCACCCACUGCAUACGCUCAGGAACCUUAUGUACCUGGUCAGCCCAGACACUGAGAACUUGGGCAGGUCUGGCCCUUUCGAAAUCAGUGCUGAUCUCGAAGACUCCAUGGAGUUCGUGGAUCCCAGCGCCACCGGCGAAACAGAUGAGAGCGGAGACGAGCACGUCAGCGAUGAAGAGACAGACCUCGGGACAGACUGGGAGAAUCUGCCGAGCCCCAGGUUCUGCGAUAUCCCCUCUCAGCAGGUGGAGAUGCUGCAGAGCCAGAGCACGCAGGUGUCUCAGCCCAUUGCCAGCAGCAGCGCGGGGGGAAUGAUCUCGUCCGCUGCCGCCUCGGUGACCUCGUGGCUGAAGGCCUACACUGGACAUCGCUAACGAGCAGGGGAAGAAAGGGAUCGUAGGAUUUGUGGAAGGAAGGAAUCCCUCCCCGACAAUGCUGUAGUAAACCUUUACCUAUUCAGUUAAGUAGUGCCUGGAACAAAGAAAAGGUCAGACUUCCGUUUUGUAAACCAGAAAAACCUUUUUAUUUACCCAAGAUGACUGUGACGGUAACGUUUUGUAAAUUAGCUCGCUACGUACUCCUGAGGGAUUCUGUGCCGGCACUUUGUGUCUCGGUUCUGGCUGCAUUGCUGAGUAUCCAAGCAAAAGGACCCAGCAGCCUCCAGCUCUACUUCCUAAAGAAGAAACAGAUUUUUUUGGAGCGUUUGGAUCGGGAUGAGUGCAGGGAGAAGACUGCUCAGUGGGCAGGCUGGAGCGUGGUGCAAGUGCAGUUCUCCAUGUUCUUAACUCCUCACAGGGUUUUUGUUCGUGUGUGUUUUAAAUCUGUCUUGCAUAACGCAAAAAUGCGUAUUUCUAAAUUUUUUUCAUUCAGGACAUGAAAAUUAUGCAUUUUUAACAUGUUUUCUAAUCUCUGUUGCCAUAUUUUUAAUACAAAGAAUCAGCAUGGACAGGAAUUCACAUGGCAAAUUGCUCUUAUUUUAGAUGUGGUUGUGAAUCUUUACCCAGUUUUGCCAUAGAAAACUGGCUUGUUUCAUGCUGUUUCCACCGGCAGGUAGUCUAGAAGUUCCGUGUUGUGCUGCCGAAAGCACGCAGGCUCUUUUAAUAUCAUACACCAAAGAAACACUGGACGUUCUCUUAGCUAGACCCACAUUUGAUGCUGAUACAGGAUUGCGUUGUUGCAAUAAUUGGUUACGACACCAUGUUGCCACUUUUUAAUAUUACAAAAACCUCAUUUCGAGCUGGUUCAGUGAAGUCACACAGUCUCCAGGCUCCAUGCGUUUCGAACCCUGUUCUAUUUUAUGUUUAUGGUGGGUUUGUUUUGGUGUUUUGUUUUUUUUUUGGUUGUUUGGUUUUUUUUUUUUCCCCUUGCUUACUGAAUGCCAAGAAGUUGAUUUCAUUUCCCUGCAGAUAAUGCUCACAGCGCAGCUGCCUCGCUUGUACAACCCACAGAAGGUGCGAGGCUGACGGAUGCGUUUGCCCGCCUGGCGGGGUGUAUUACUUAAAGAUGGGUUUGCUCAGUGAGGCUUCCGAGGUCUGGUUUACCUUUCACGCAGCUGGGACACUGUGCUAGACUAAGGUAAAAGCAUCCUCCGGUCCCUCCACGAGGGGAGGUUUCUGUCCCACCUCCCCGCGGGGAGCGAUGCGCCAGCCACGUCCUCCAGCUGCGGGGCUGGCUCCCAGCACAGCUCCCAGCCCCCCCCCCCCCCCGUUCAGCAGCUUUUUGGCCUUGGGGACGGGCAUCUGCUGUCAAUACUUUCUUAACUUUUCUUUUUUUUUUUUUUUUUUUUUUUUCCAAACCAAAGACCCUUGACUCCGCACUAACAGCACACACACUGUUAGAUGAAGACCCCCCCGCCUCAAUCCUGCCGUUCUUUUGGUCUACAUCCCAUAGUUGGGUUGAAGAGAACAGCCCAGACCCCCUUGACUACUGCGGCCUGAAUGGGGCCGGUGCCCCCCGGCGCCCCCAGCAGCGAGCGGGGCCGGGGCCGGGGCCGGGAGGGGUUGGUCACUGUUCAGUUCAUGGCACUUUACUCACCUGCAGCUCUCGGAUCCUUUGCGAUUCUGAGCGACCAGCACAUACCGGGGCUGUAUGUUGGGCUCUUAGCGUGGCGCGGCCCCUUCUGGUCCCCCGUUUAUUUUGCACUGGACCCCACCAUAGAAAUAUCUUCUCUUCCUUUUUUUUUUUUUUAAAUACGCAUUUCAGUCACUCUUUCAUUGCUGCCUUUGUGCUACUUUGAACCCCUAAAGGUCAGGCCAUGAUUCCGCUUCGUACGCCGUCAUUUACUUACUUAGGGAAAGAAAAAACAACACAAAAAAAAACCUUUUUAAGCCAUAUACUUCAUCAUGUUUUCCAAAUAAUUUAUUUGUAACCAUGUCAUAUUCUGAAAGUGCACAAGAGCACUGCGAGGGUGUUAAAAUGCACUGGGAUAGGUCUUUUCACAAAAUGUGUUUGUAACAGAAUACAUUUUGUUUUUAUUUUUUAAAGUGUUUUGCACAGGUGUAGCUAAGGAAGAAUUGCGUGUGUCCAAACCUUGAGUGCAAUUGCCAGGAUUAGUUUUCCAGGUUGUUUUGGGGGCAGGGGAGGGAGGGCAGGAGUAUCUGUAACUGUAGAUAUUUGAAGACAGCCGGCUGAGAGUUUACAGAACACUUUGCGUAGCGUGAACGUGGGAAUUUCAGUUUAGGCCGUGACUUUUGUUUGUGAGCAGUGACCUGGGGUGGCGGCCGGAGCCCAGCCCCCCGCUGAAAAUCGGGUCCCUUUGGAGGGUCCCGGGGGGGGGGACACCCAAGGGUUGCUUGCCACCUGCAAAAACUCGGGGCCUCUCUCUGCAACUUCCGAACUAGAUGUAACUAAACACAAAUGUGUUUUUUCGUUGUUUUUUUUUUUUUUCUAAAUUUUAUUGUAUUAUUGCAAUAAAUCUUUAACAGUAAUUUUUUUUAAAGUUGUAUAUUUAUAAUUGGUAUUUCUGUGUGGUUUGUUUUUAACCAUGCUGAGGCAGCACACAAGAAUUUCCAGCCUUUGAAGCAUCACGGGGACCAGACCUGUUACAGUGCAAUCGUACAGUUGUCAAAUAAGCAAUACCCAUUCUAAAAAAAGACUCUUACAUAAAAUAACUGCAUCUCCCUUGGAGCAGGCACAGGGGUCCUGCAGAACACACACACACACACACGUGUCCCUGUAUGUACAUGUAAACAGAUAAAUCUCUCGCGCACGCCUGGCUUUGAACUGCUCCUCUGCUGGGUGACGUUUGUGUCUGCAGAUGCUGGGCCUCGGAAUUCCUUCUGCGUGCAAGGGACAACGCUCCUCUUUCCAAGGUCAUUUCAGGAGGACACGAGCGUGUGUCUUUUGGAGGAGGUAACAAAGCGAAGCGUUGUGUGAGCAACAGGGGUGGGAAGGGGCCGUGUUUGUCACCGAGAGGCAAGCUCUGCCCGUGGGAGCCGGCAGCCUCGGAGGCCCUGGGCUACUGCUGGAGAAACAGCCCAUCCCAAUUUUAAUUUUUUUUUUUUGUGGCAGCUACCCGAGGGGGAGGACUGAUGCCCCCCCGGGCCUUCUACCUGCUGCACUGCCAAGAGCCUGGGGCUGCUGCCCGCGGAGUGGGGGGCAGUUUGCUGCCUGGGUCAGGGCCCCCCAGGAAAGCAGCCUGUGCGCAAAGCCGAGCCUGGCUCCAAGCUCAGCUCAGGCUCAGGCCGGCGCUUGGGUCACUUCUGCUUAAGCAGUGCUGUCAGCAGGAGGUUCCAUCCUCUGCCAAGGUGGGUUUGUGGCAGGAGGGCGGCCCCGUAGUGCCCCCCAGUCCUGUCCCCCCCUCCAGGGCUGCCCCGGGGGAGGAGAAAGAGCCCCGAGUGAAGCUCCAGCACCAUCCCCACCUUGGAAGAAGCAGGACUGCAGCCGGGUGCAUCGGUGUGAAACGGCAGUCCCAGGGGCAGGAGCUGCAGAAAGCGGGGCCGGGGCGCUGAGCUCUGCGCCAGCCUCGCAGAGCCGCAGCGGAGGGGAGAGGAGAGGCUGCUGCGGAAACGGGCGGGAUGGAGCGAGAGCCCGGACACCAGCCUCAGCCCCGGGCUGCUUUUAUUUCAGUGGCGUCCGUGCCAGGAGCCCCCAGAGCUCGAUGAAAACUGGAAGCUUACAAACAAGGGAAACGUUACUACGCUUUCUUCACAGGCGUAUCUGGAAAUUCAGUCCAGACCCUCCAACCGCUCCCAGGCAGGGAAGUCGAGUGCGCAGCACGGUCUUUGGUCCUCGGUUCUUCUGAACACUGAUUUUUGUAAAUCCGCACGCCGGCCGCUUUUUAAUUGCCUCUUAGAAGAAAGUUCAUCAGACCCUGGGUUCUCCCUGAACGGGCCCUUAAAGAAACAGAAAUCUGCACUUUACUACUUCAUGGGAAAAAAAAGCUUGCAGGCAGCUCAGCCUAGCAACAUUCAAAACCAACCCGCUUCUGGGCACAGAAGUUUGUUCUGUAAAACAAUUUCUAACAAACAGCAGUGCUGUGCGACAGGGAUAGCUUCUGCAAACAAUGUUGUAAAUGAUGUAUAAACCAGCCCUCCUUCCUCAGCCAGCCUGGGGGGAGGGCGGGGAUAGGGUAAAGAGCAACUUGUCCUCCCUAUUUAACUGCUCCAAGGAACAGAAUAGCCCAAAGCUAUUACUUUAUUCUAAUUUUUCCUCUCGUUCAAUAAAGGUGACCAAAAUCUCAUACCAUGUUCCAAAAAUAAUUACCUCACUGGCCCCUUAUCUAGUUACAAAAUAUUUUCCUCCACUGCUUCUAUUUCAGCCUUGCAGGGACUUUCCUCGCCGCUGUCAGCCUGGUGCGAGUUAUCUCAAGUUUUCCAGAGCCUUGGGUGGGGGGCAGGAAAGCAGUUUCUUCCCCCUCUUCCUUAAUUGAAAUUGAACUGGAGGCCUUUGAUGCCGAUGGCUUUGGCAAGACCACUCCUGCCAGAAAGUUGUUUUGCGGCUCAUCCCAGCGCAGCCGCCGGAGCAGAUCGAAGCUUGGGUGAAGCCUGCGCCCCGUUACAGAAUGAAGUCACAAAUUAAUGAGGGAUCCUGCUUUCCCUCUCCCUCUUCACAGCUGAUUACAAGGCAGCCGCACCCUCCUUUCAGAUUUCUAAUUUCAUUCCUCCUGGUUGUCAUAAUGUCUGCUGCACUGCAGAGAUGGCGGAGCAGCAGCAGGGAGGGGAGCCUGGCGCCUGGGGUGGCAGGCAGCAGGUAAAGCAGGGACUGGGAAAAAAAACAAAACAAAGCAAACCAAAACAGCCCUUUUAAAUUUACUGUGAACAAUCUGCGCUUACCAAACCCCCAUUUCAGGCCGUAAGGGCUGUUUUCUUUCUCUUGCUGCUAACAGGGAGAAUAAAAGCGUCCACCUUCAAGCCUUCUCUGUCCUCCAACUCCCUCUGAGCAGCACCGCCGCGGUUCUAGGCACGCAAAGCAGAGGGAGGGGGGUUCAGCCUGGCCCCCCCCCCCCCAGCCACCAGCUUUCCUCACAAACGGAACGAGCUGGGUCAGUCAGCCUCUGCUCUCCCUGAGAGCCCCGGUCCGGCCCCAGGCGCUCCCCUGGGGGUUGGGGGGGCGGGGGGAGGCAGAGGAGGUGUCCCCCCCCCGGGGGUGGGACCCCAGCUCUUCUCGCACCAGGCCAGAGGUUCCGUUCGCUCCAGCCGCAGCCAUCACCAGGAGCCCAUCCUCAUCCUGGAAAAAGGGGCAGAGAAAGAGCAACAGCACGAAAGGCCAGAGCCCGCAAGGGUUGGCGGGUGCUGCUCCCAGGACCCGAACGCGGCUGCUGGGGCAGGGGGGACCCAGGGUACAAUUCCAAACUUCCCAGCUGAUCGCCCUCGGGCAGCGGAGCUGGGCGUGAGGAGAGCAGGACCCCAGCCCUGCAGGAGAGGAAUGCGUUCGGGGAAAUCCUGGAGGAGAUGCCGCGCUUGGGUCCCAGGAAGAGCUGGAGGAAUUAGCCGAACGCCCCGACCCGCACCUCAGGAACCAGAGGGCACAGGCUGGAGCAGAGCGGAGCAGGGCAAGGAGUCCUCUUAGAAGGGAAAAAUUCCCCAAGCAGCGGGCAGCAAAGCUUCCAGCACACGGCUGAGCCAAGGCAAUCCAUCCUUGAGCACGCAAGGCAGAGGCGAGGCGCUGAGCCAAGAGCGCAGAAGCAGAAAGUCCCCCUUUUUUGCAAGUUUUACAGACCUAGCACCGACUUUCUAGACACCAAAAAUCCCUGUCAAGCCUCGGCUGCACACACAGCUGAGUGGAGGGAGAGGAAAACCUGGAAUUGGUGAAAUACUAGAGGUCUGGGUUGGGUUUUUUUUUGUUUGUUUCUUUUUUUAGUAGGAGAAUUAGGUUUGUAGAGGAAGCACACUGCACAUCUCAACUACAUCACAGUACCAAGUUUCUGCCACGUGUUUUACAGUAUUUUUAUUUUGGGGCAAAAGUCUUACAAGAGAAAGUCGGGUAAGGCAGAUCUAGAAUGCACAUUUUAUUUAAGUAAAAAAAAAAAAAAAAAAAAAAAAA